AUGCAUUCAUUGAAUCGUUCUAAACAAUCUAUUAUAAAUAAUAAUGGUAAUGGAAUAAAUAAAAAUCAAGGACUAUCUAAAUUAAUUCGAAGAAAUAAUACAUCCAGUUCUAAUCAUUCCAAUAGAUGUUUGAUGAAUGAUAAUGUAAAAUUGAAAGCUCUUUUGGAAGAAGCAAAGAAAGAAUUUCUAGAAAAAUGGGAGAAGCCUGCUCAGAACACAGCCACUUUGGAUUCGUUUGACCGAAUCAAAACUUUGGGCACUGGGUCUUUUGGACGUGUUAUGUUAGUCCAGCACAAAGUCAGCAAAGAAUAUUAUGCUAUGAAGAUUUUAGAUAAACAAAAGGUGGUGAAGUUAAAACAAGUUGAACACACGUUAAACGAAAAGCGUAUAUUGCAAGCUAUUUCAUUCCCGUUCCUUGUCCGAUUGGAUUACCAUUUCAAAGACAAUAGCAAUUUGUAUAUGGUAUUGGAAUUCGUUAAUGGAGGAGAAAUGUUUUCCCAUUUAAGACGCAUUGGUCGUUUCAGUGAGAGUCAUUCACGAUUCUAUGCUAGUCAAGUGGUAUUGGCAUUUGAAUAUCUACAUCAUUUAGAAUUAGUCUACAGAGAUUUGAAACCGGAAAAUAUUCUUAUCGAUCAAUAUGGAUAUUUAAAGAUAACAGAUUUUGGUUUUGCUAAACGUGUAAAAGGUAGAACAUGGACUCUAUGCGGUACACCAGAAUAUUUAGCUCCUGAAAUUAUUCUAAGCAAAGGUUAUAAUAAAGCUGUUGAUUGGUGGGCACUUGGUGUAUUAGUUUAUGAAAUGGCAGCUGGUUAUCCACCAUUUUUCGCUGAUCAACCAAUACAAAUUUAUGAACGUAUUGUAUCAGGAAAAGUUCGUUUCCCGUCACAUUUUAGUUCAGAUUUAAAAGAUUUAUUAAGAAAUCUUUUACAAGUUGAUUUAACUAAACGUUUUGGAAAUUUAAAAAAUGGUGUAAAUGAUAUUAAAACACAUAAAUGGUUUGCAACAACCGAUUGGUUCUCUAUUUUUAAACGUGAUAUUGAAGCACCAUUUACACCAAAAUGUUCCGGUGCUGGUGAUGCAAGUAAUUUUGAUGAUUAUGAAGAAGAACCAUUACGUAUUGCUACAACAGAGAAAUGUGCAAAAGAAUUUAGUGAAUUUUAA